CCUGCUCAAAAUCCCAAUGUCCAUUUCCUCUCAUUUUCUUUAAAUUUCCGCGACUUCUCGUUGCCACUGUUCAAUGCUUCCCGCCUCUCUCCCUCGCCCCAUUCCAUGCCAUCUCGCCACCGCCUGCGACAGCAUCAACACCUCUUCCUUCGACCUUCCUUCGCGUCCCAGACUCGCCCUCAACCACAAGCUCGUCGAUCCCUUCUACUGCGACCUCGACCCCCCCGACUACUCCAGCUCUCCCUCCGAUACCCUGGACGACGACGACCUCCCCCCAAAGUACCAUUAUGCAUCGCUUCCGUUCGGCUCGCCCUCCUCUGAAACCUCUGCGGAUAUGUACGAAAGUGAUCCGCCCUCUGCUUACUACCAUUAUUCAAUAGGCACCGUCGCCGAUAUAAGGGAAUCCGAUCCUCCUCCAUCCGAUCCUCCUGCUGCUUCCCCUGCUGACGUACACCCUUCUUCAGCCGUUUUCUAUUCACCUUCAGACCCUUUUCCUUCCUUUCCAGCAGAUCCUAAUCUUAGUCACCACUCGACCCGCGAUCCUACUAAUAACUCCUCCAUCCUCGAUCGACGCAUGUCCGAACCUGCUAUCCUUCCCACUCCCAACCACUCGUACCAGAACCACUCUCCCACCUACCCCAUGCAUUCUCGCGGAGCCUAUCUUCACCGCGGCUCAAGUAUUGGCUCUUUACGGGAACUCAGACAACUCGAAGACUCCCGCGCUGCCGAUGCAGCUCUGCACUCUCCGCUUUCGCCUUUUCAGCCCGCUUUCGCAGGAGGAGGUGGUGGUGGUGGUGGUGGUGGUGGUGGCUCGCCGCUGGUUCAGUAUUCAAUCACGGAAGACCCAUACGGCCAUUCGCCAUCAGAAACAGGCUUUCCCUCCCCCGGAGCUGACUCCAAUCUGAACAGCCGUACCCGAACCAGUACAGACCCAACUAGCAAAACUUAUUCAUUCGUCGCAUUGCCCGGAAACGCCGUCAAGAAGCGUCCGCGAAGGCGCUACGAUGAGAUAGAGAGGCUCUAUCAAUGUUCAUGGCCCGACUGUAAUAAAUCGUACGGGACUUUGAACCACUUGAACGCCCAUGUCACCAUGCAAAAGCACGGCCAAAAACGAAGCCCGAAUGAGUUCAAAGAACUUCGAAAGCAGUGGAGGAAAGCGAAAAAGGAAGCAGAGGCUGCCGCUAACGCUGCUGCUCGUCGCUCUAGCAUGGGUAGCAUUCUCGGCGAUGAACACGACUUUUAUGACUAUUCAUCUCCGCCCCAGCAGCGUUUCUCUCUUCCCGGGACCCAUGGUCGUUAUGCCGAGGAUUACUAUACGACGGGAGACCGGUCAGAAAAUUAUAGCUCUCUUUCAGCCAGACCUAGAUACGGAGAGACGGGUGGAUCAAUGCCUUGGACGUCCGCUCGUUCAAGUCUUCCAUUCAUAUCUUCUUCGCUCCCCUCACAAUCAUCCACGCACUCCUACCACUACGGCCUCGACGCUUCUUCAUUCCAAUCUACUGGUGGAUCGUCUGAUCGCCCUCUUUCCAUUCCAUCCCCACCACAGAUGAUGACAGGCCGUCUACCCCCGAAUAGUACCCUCUUGACUCCCCUUCCCGGCUACCAGGCCAGAGAGACCUUACCCCCACUGCAAAUGGGAGGCGAUAUGACGUACGAGCCGGGGGCGUAUUACGAUGAAGACAGCGGUAGAAGAUCUCAUGCGAGUACAGCUCGUGCCCGUGGAGACGACUUUUGAGAUCCAUGGUUCCAUGCCGGGAUCUUCUGUUCCCCUUCAACUCCCACCUUUCGAACGAACAGAACACUUUAUUUUCUCCAGGAAGACUUUUCAAGACGUCCCCACUACACGGUUCAUUAUCCUACUAUAAGUAAUUGUAUAUUCCUUAACCUCAUAGUCCUCUGUACAUUACUAGUGUUCGCCUACCGUACGAUCUUUGUUGUGAUCUAUUACUGUACACUCCUUCGUACUUUUCUCGCUUCACUCUUUUCUUUUCCCAUGCUUUCAUUUAGCUCUUCGUUGUAUAUACAUAUAAUUCUAUCUGCGGGGUCUUUCUUUAUUUUUGUGUGUAUAUUUAGCACUUCUGUUUUGUAUAAUUCAUAAACACGCUUCCGUUACCAUAGUCAAUUUUCCAAUAUUGAAAAAAAAAUGGAACAGAGCUGUAGAUCUGA